GUGCAAAUACCCGACAACAUCUAGAUCGCGUGUGCGACAAUGUCCUUUCAACAGAAACUAGACAACAUCGCGUCAAAUGUCGUGCAGAAAGAUAAAGCCAACGCUUACACAUCCCUUUUGAAUCAAAUUCUGGACGCAUCGACAGGAAUUCUACUCAAUGUCCAGGCGCUGCUCCGAAGAGCGUUCGAUGAGACGCCUGUGAUUGCUCGUCAAGUCCUUUCCGAUUACGUCAGGUUGCUUAGGGAAAAGAAGUUAAAUGAUGAUGCCCUACUGCAGCAAUUAAUCAGGGCCGCGUUGGAGCUAGCACAACCCCGGGGAGUCACGUUUGACGAGCAGGUAGUGUCUUGACCGUCAGGGUGUCUAAGAAAGCUCAGAGUCUAUGGCUUGCUCAGGUUGCUACGUUGAGAGACCAACUAGCUGGCCUUCUAGAAGAUGAAGAAGAAUGGAAGGAGGCAGCUCAGGUUCUCAUGGGGAUCAACAUGGAUGCAAACCGCUCGAACGAAGAGAAACUUACUAUUUACAUAAGAAUCAUCCGAUUGCUCCUCGAAGACGAGGAAUCCGGUCAAGCGGAAACAUACUACAACCGUGCAGCUCUCCUGAUCCAUAUUACCAACGACAAGAUUCUGCAACUGCAAUUCAAGCUGUGCCAGGCACGCAUAGCAGAUUUCGGGAGGAGGUUUUUGGAUGCUGCCACUCGCUAUCACGAACUCAGUUGGGUUCCAGAAAUCGAUGAAGAGGAAAGGACCCAAGCACUCUCCGCAGCUGUCACAUGUGCUGUAUUAGCACCAGCAGGACCGAAUCGAUCGCGAGUGCUGGCGUCAUUGUGCAGAGAUGAAAGAACCACACAACUUCCAAAUUACAACAUUUUAUCGAAAAUGUUCCUUGGUCGCAUCAUUCGACCGCAAGAAAUACAAGGAUUCGAGAAGACGUUGAGACCUCAUCAGCUUGCCCGCAUUGCGCAAUCAUCCAACGACAGGUUGGCCUCAGCGAUUGAAGCAGACGAAGCCUCCAGCUUGGAGCCAGUCAGUAAAAGAACGGGUCCAUCGACCGUUUUGGACCGAGCGGUCAUGGAACAUAAUCUUCUUUCGUGCUCCAAAAUCUACAACAACAUUACCUUUGCCGGACUUGGCGUCCUCCUUGAUCUUGCCCCUGGCGCCGCUGAAAACAUGGCACGAAAAAUGAUCGAGCAAAAGAGACUUCGGGGUUUCAUUGACCAAGUCGAUCGGCUAAUAUGGUUUGAGGCUAAGGAUGAUGACGAGGAGGCUCAGGGAAAGGCGGGUGGGCUGGGCGACGUGGACCUUGAAGAAGAGGACCCUGGUGCAUCGUUCACAAGGCAGUGGGACAGACAAAUUCGCCAAAUCGCUUCCGGGGUGGAAUCCAUCGUCCAGCAAUUAAGUGACAAUGGUUUGAUACCACAGCAGCAGAUCAAGGCAUAAGAUAUGCUCGUUUUAUUACAUAAGUAGAUAUAAGGUGGUUGCAUGUAAUAGUUGAUGCAAAUGCGAAGCAUGAAUGAUCUGGUGGUUUGCUUGACC